AUGACCCUCUUCGACGUAAGCGUCAUGCACCUCUUCAUCGACAGAUACUCCAUCCAGGGGUCUCCAGUCGUGCGUAUCAUUAGCCCACACGCUGUAGACAUGGCCGAAUGCCUGAUAUCAAGGCGCCUCGGUCCAGGGCGUGAACAGCCUCAAAAUCCUCUAGGCGCCUACCGACCAGAGUGGCAAAGAGUCCUAGGGGACGAUCGAGGCAAAAGCCUCGACUGCCGGCAUUACAGCGAAAGGGCCAUCGUCGAACAGCGCAUCAAAGACUCCUGCGAGGAGAUGGCGGACAAGAUCGAGGAGCACGUUGCCGUCCUAGACUCCAACCUCGCAGCGCAGCGAAGAUAUCAUCGCCUGUUCAAGCACCUCCGCCAGCUGGCUUCGGAUGAAGACGACGCUCGGGAGUAA